UUCAGACUAAAAAUCCUAACUACAAUCAUGAAAUUUUAUUUCGUAAAGUGAACAAUGAGUGGAAAAAAUACAAAAACAUUCAAAAAAUUAUUGAUGAGUUUAAUAAUACACCAAUCCCACUACAAGGAUUUUCUGUUUUAUAUACAAGACACUUGGCUAAUUCACAGGUGGAUACAUUGAUUCAAACAGUCCAAUUGCCAACCCAAGAGCAACCUGAAAUGCCUCAUACAAAUGCUCUUGCUCAAAAAGAAACUUACAACCAAAUAAAAGAAGCAAAAAAAAAAUUUUUAGAAUUUAUUUCUCUUUAUAGUACCACUAAUGAUUUUCAACUUCAUCGGAACCUUUAUGGAUGUAUCAAAAGGUUAAAAAAUAACCUUGAAGAAAAAAAAAAUAAAUUGAAUGAACUCAAACGGAAUGCAAGUUAUCAGCAGAAAUGCAGAUUAAAAAAAAAAAAUCCAUUUAAUGAAAAACAAUAA